AUGCCCGUUGUCGACGCAAAGCCGUCAUUCCUCGAAACAAUCUCGCCGUGGUCAGCCUCGCGAGCCUCAACGCCCCAGCCUGAGCGACAGGCCGGCAGUGACGCGGAGAGCCUCAAGCAAACUCAAGGACAAGACCAUGUCACUUCCCAUCGAAAAAGACUGAGCUCGCUGCGAUAUCCCGAUGAUUGCCCCCCUCUGCAUCCUCGGUGGUUCUAUGCCGUUGAUAUACCCAAAUCCAAACCGGCUUUUUUGACCUCAGACAGGGCCGAGACAAAGCCCUUGCCUCCGCCCAAAAAAUUCGUUCCUUUCUUACUCAAAGAUUCCCAGUCUGUGGAAGACGCUUUUCAGCAUUUGAUAAGAUGUGAAGAUCGUGUGAAUGCUACUGAGCCCCCCGGCGACAGCCACACAAAGUUCGAGAACUCAGAUGCUACAGUCAAGGUCCCCGUCAACGAAGACAACCUUUAUGACGUUGACGUUGAUAAAAGGGAGCUCAGCUCUGCCUAUUGGCUAGGUCCCGUCUAUGAAGUAAGACGAGGCACUUGGUUUUUCCAAGAUGGCUCAACCUUGAAGCCCUGCGAGGAAAACCUCGCCACCCAAAUAGAAGAAGGUUAUUUGAGGUUGCGGCCCUGGCAAAUCCAAUACCCACAACAGAAGACCAAGACCAAAACAGAAUCCAGCGAUGGAACCAAAAAAUCAGCUAGUCAUUCGAGGUCCGCUUCUGAAUCUGUUAGAAAGCAGGGUUACACCGAGGAAGAGUGCGUAGCUCGUGAUGGCCACAGCAUCAAUUCAGCGUUGAACGCACAGUUGCCUGUUCAUCGUUUGUUUGGUUCGUACAUGAACAGCACAAUUACCUAUCAAGAUUCAUCCGUCGCUUGGCUAAAUUCAGACGACUUCAUGUCUCGCAUGAGCAGCACAGUUUACCAGAGGCUUGGAGGGGUCGGGGGUACUAAGGUCAUCAGGGGCUACACGGAGCCGGGCCGGCCAAAGGACCCGGUCGAGGGAAAAGGCUCGACAGUGAAGACGUCUUCACCCGCUACUCCUGUAGAACCGGAUUCUGUUGAAGAAAGUGAUGCUAUCGAGGAACGUCGGGAGUAUGGAUUACCCCAGAAGCUGUAUGGUUUUGAUGAACUUGGCAAGACAGAUAUGCGCCGAGAGUCGAAUGAGCAUCGGGCAACCCUGCAGCGUCAGAUAUCAUCAUUGAAUGGUGAGGCCGAGAAUGUUGCCGAUCUCGAGGAAGAGGUAAGGAGGCAGGAAGAGAAAGAGAUGGAGGACUCUAGAGAGGCGGAUGGGGAGGAAAGAGACAGAGAAAUCGAUCAUUUGGUCCUUGUUACUCAUGGAAUUGGACAACGCCUUGGAAUCAGAUUGGAGAGCGUUAACUUUAUUCACGAUGUUAAUGUCUUGAGGAAAACGAUGAAGUCUGUUUACAGCGCCGCGCCUGAUCUCCAAGCGCUCAAUCUGGAACACCCUGAUGCGAGGAGAAACUGCCGCGUACAGGUUCUACCUGUCUGCUGGAGGCAUUUGCUGGACUUUCCUCGACAAGGUUUACGCCAAAACCGCAAAGAGUUCGACCUCGCGGAUCCUAGUAGUCUUUCUGCUGAGGAUGAAGAGUACCCUACCUUAGCUGAUAUAACACUGGAAGGAGUACCCGCAGUCCGCAACCUGAUUUCCGACCUGGCUAUGGACGUUCUCCUGUACCAAAGUCAGUACAGAGAGCAUAUAAUGGGAAUUGUCCAGCGAGAAUGCAAUCGAAUCUUUCAGCUUUUCAAAGCCCGUAACCCAUCAUUCAAAGGGUCAGUUAGCCUAUGUGGUCAUUCCUUGGGGAGUGCGAUCCUGUUUGAUAUUUUGUCCCAUCAAAACCUUCACAACGAUCCAAAAACGUCGAACGAGUCACCAAAGUUCAAGAAAACCGCCACAACUGAGAAUAAAGGUGGUUACCCUCUCGAGUUUGACUGCAGGGAAUUUUUCUGUCUUGGCUCGCCUAUUGCACUUUUCCAGAUGCUAAAAGCAAAGACUAUUGGUGGGCGUCGGUCUACAAGAGUUUCGCACACUCCAAAGGGCUCCACUGUCGAUGAUACGUCUUUGCUAAACUCCCGCGAGUCUCCUAUACCAUCCGUGAGUGGCUAUGACGCCAAGCCUGUGUAUGAACCGAAUUCCAAUGUGUCUUCGCCUAGAUGUGAUGAACUGUAUAAUAUCUUUCAUCCGUCUGACCCGGUCAGUUAUCGUCUCGAGCCACUUAUUUCUCCUGCCAUGACGAACCUGAAGCCGCAACCGCUGCCUUCUGUAAAAAGGAGCAUUUGGACAGCUUCGGGUCAAAGUCUAUCUAACAUCAGUUCUCGCGUGGGAUCUUUAUGGACAAAUUUUACGUCUGGCGUUGCAAGCAGUCUUUUGAACCGCAGCCUAGGGUUACAACCUGAAGACAAACCUGGUCAAGGGUUGUCACAUCCAAGUGACGUAUCGGCUUCAUUUGAAGCGAAGCGUACCGCGGGAGAUAAUAAACAGCCACUGGGCCCUGGGGCUGGGUAUGAAUCAGACAUGUCAACCUUGAUGAGUCCCAACGUGGAAACUCUGUACGAAGGCUUUGAAAAAGCGCGAUCUUUGGACAAGGAAAAUAUGUCGGCAAAUGACAUGGAAAACCGUGCUCGGAAAAUCAGAUCAGAGGAAGCAAAAGUCAGGGCUCUCAACUCCAAUGGCAGAGUUGAUUAUAGCAUACAAGAGGGCGCCUUUGACAUAUCAUUGAUUGCCAGUCUUGCAAGCCAUCUAUCCUACUGGGCGGACGAAGAUGUAACCCACUUCAUGCUGUCGCAAAUGCUCUCGCGGGUGCGGAGGCGUGAUCAUUAA